GAAUUUCUUCUCUGUUCCUGCUUCUGGAUUGAAUUUCCUCCUGAGACGGAGGCGACGGCGUCACCGGAGCUGGGAACGAGCUAACCACCGUAGAAGGGGAUUGGGAUUCUAAUUGCCGUUUCGAAAUGGAAGACGGAGAAGGCAUGGAGGCUGCAGCGGCGGAGCUUGAGAGACUCCAAAUUGAAAUCCUCCAUAGAAUCUCCGUUCUCGAUAGCUCUUUUCUCCCUCAGAGUUCCACGGCGGCUCCGUCUCCUUCUCUACCGGUUGAUGAAAGCGAAACGGUGGCUCGCCUCUCAUCCAUUCUCCGGCGUUAACGAUUUCAGCUUCAAGAGAGAUCGAAUCCCGUCGUAAUGUUCUCGGCGCUUACGAAGAAGGAGAAAAAGAAAAGAAGUUUUAACCA